AUGCGAGGUCUAAUAAAAUCAUUUAGCGGACGUUCAGCACCCACAAUCUCAACCGUCACUUUGCGGGCAAGCAUAUGCCACCCUGCGGGACCCCUUGCCGUUCCUAGCCGAUUGCAGUCAACGUCUCCGAUGGAGCAACUGAUCAUUAACGGCGCCGCAUGGGAAAGCAGCAAUUAUUAUCACAGACUUGGGUUUCAGGAGGCGGUACGGGACAGCAGCAGAAUUAAGGAGCAUUAUCACAUUCUAGCGAAGCACUUUCAUCCCGACAACCCCAAUGCACCACCCAACGCAACAGCGGCGUUUCAGAAUAUAAAGGAGGCAUAUGAUCAUCUCAUGGAAGAAGUCAAAGAUGAGGUUCCAAAAAGUCAUCCGCACACAGGACAUUCAUAUCGUUUUACCGACCACGAACGGCGGCAACAACAAAUGCGUUUCCUAGGUGAAGGCAUUGGCCUUUUUAUGGCCAUGACACUUGUUUUCAUUUUUAUUGUUUCGCGUCACAACAGUAACCGUGUCGAAGGACGCUACCUUGGCCAUUUCGCCAUAAUCUUUUUGACUAUACAAGUAUUCCCACGGCUUCUGGCGGCUGCGAUUCUUUAUGCCUGUCACUCGAACUAUUUGGUAAGUAUUGCUGAGCGCACGGAGCAGGCUGCGGUAAGUCUCAUUGUGGAACAGCGGGAAAGCCAUCUCGCCAUACGUGCGGAAGGCAUCGACAAAAGGGUGCGGGACCGUGUGGUUAUGCAGGUGACGUAUCCUCACAAUGACGAACCUCGAAGGCACACCGAGGAGGGCAGUAAAGAUAAUGAAAAUAACAAUAAGAAGGAAACAGAUACGAGGAAGGGUAAUUUGGGAACCUCACCGCGAGUGCUCACUACAGUAACAUUUGACUCAGGUGUAACGCAAGUUAUUGUCCCUGCAACGCGUGCCGGCCGUGAACCUGCGGAGUGCCGCGUGAAGGUUGUGGAUGAGGCGAGAGGUUUUGUUAUUGUCGACCGUACAUUUGAGAUCUGA